UGUCUUGGUUUUCAGGCCGUUUGGGGUCUGAGUCGUUAAAUAUUGGUGAACGGCUGCGUUUUUCAGUUGGACUGCAGGUCUUUUGUCUUUGUCACACCUGGUGUCCUGCACCUUCACAGUCUCAGGAUGUCACAUCUGCCAUUUUUCUACCCUUCUUUUGGUACAUCUUUCCACUUGACUUCCUCUUCUGCUGGAGGCUUGAAACCCUUUGGGAAAAGUACGCGUUAUUUAAGGUUCUCCUGAGAUCCUGCAUCCUUGCAGGCUCCGCGUCUCUGCGGUUACCCCUCUGGUCAAGCAGAGAUGUCAGUCCUCUGUGGCCGCCAAGUGCUGCUCUCGCCAUGGGCGGGAGGGCCCUCAGUGCCUGCAAACGCUGUUCGGCAGCACACUGCAAACAAGAUCCCCCGCGAGCACCUUCACACCUGUUUGAGGGGAAGCACUGGGGCGAGCUUUGCACUAAAAGGGAGAAUUCGGUCCCAGAGAAACCUUACUCCUUGCAAGCACAGCAACUGCGGUGCUUCUCCGGUCGGAGUGAGCUGUGCGCCAAGGACACUUCACCUUUCUGCCUCGAGGGGCUGACAACUCAUCCGUGAGCAGACAUUUCCUCCCACUGUAUCUGGCAGGGCUGUGGGCCUGGCAGUAGGUUAAUCACUGGCCUUCGACGCUUCCCCAUUGCCUACUCCGUGCCCCAGCACAUUGCCAGAUGCAGAGAUUUCCUAGAUCAAUUGUCCUGCAUUAAAAAAAGAGGAAAACCAAAAACGCCAGGGACCUCUGUGUUGUGCAUCCUCCCUACGUGUUAUAAAUACGCUCUGUGUUUCUCUUUCCAAUUGACUGGGUCCCUCGCAGAGGAGCCAGCCUGGGGGCCUGUGGAGUUUUCACAUCUCUAACAAAGCACUGAAGGACAGAAAAGGACAGCGGGUGCCGGAUGCUGAUUGUUCUGUGCCAGCGCCCUCCUUACAGCAAUUAUAUUUCUGUUAGAAACCUCCACCUUAUUUAAAGAGACAUUGCCAACCGCCUCAAAGCUCCUUUUUACAAAAGACCUAUAAAGCCGGUGAGAUGUUUUCUUAAUGACCUGAAGAAAAAUACUUUAGAUAAGGAGCACUGAUAAAACAGAUAUGCCUCUCCUGUUUUGGGAUCUAAUGCACUGAAACUACUGCGUAAACUUUAAUCAGUUGAUCGGGGGUCCAUUCACAGCAAUCUUAUUGUCUUGGUUUCUGGAUGAGGGGAGUGAGACAGCCGGAGGUGUGCUGUUCUUCAAGGAUCGCUGACAUGGUACUUAAGGUGUUCUUUCCUUCAUGCUGCUCCUCAGCAGAAAGUGGCAUUUUGAUCGGGCGUUGGAUCUCGGAACAGAACUCUGCUGUUAUCCUUGCUGUGGUCCACUUCCCUUUCAUUCCCGUUCAGGUGAAGCAGUAUCUCAGUGAACUCCAACGGGUGACUAAGGUCAGUGUUUCUGUGCUUGGCUCAUGGAACAACAGCAAACAGGAGAAAGAAGAGAGUCUGAGCGAGUUCUUGGAAGACCUUGGGACAAUAUUCUCCCAUGAGCCCUGGAUUCAGAUAAGCAAAGAGGGAGACAGCAAAUUCUGGAGCUGUUCUACCCUUUGGAAACGGUCUAAUGACCACAGGGAAGAAGAAAUCAUCUUAGUGUAUUAUGACCAGCGCAAAGUUAUGCUUUCCUGUCUGCAUCCCCCUUUGGACACAGCUGCCUCCACUGACCACGAGGCAGAGGAUGCUUCAAGGCUCUCUGCCAUCUUUGACACCGUGGCAAAGAGCAAGAUACUCUUCAUGACGGACAAAUACGAUGAUGGGCCCAUCAAGCUGACCCACUGGCAGUCGGAUGGUGUUGAAGCAAGUAUCAUCGUGGAGCUGAUGAAGCAGGCCUCUGUGCCCGCGUGCAUGCUGCUGACAUUCCUGCUUUCGCUUAUCUCUGGGGCCUGCAAGAGCAGGAUGCUGAAGUUUUGGCCUUUGUCUUUCUUGUGGAGCAAACUCUCAACUUGUGAGCAGCUGGCACAUCGCCUGCAGCACCUCCAGGUCAUCAGCAGCAACAAGAAGGCCCAAAACCAGACCCAGCUAAUGAGGAAAGCCAACAUCUUUGUCUCUCUGCUGAUUGAUGUGGCUCUGGGAAUACUGCUGAUGUCCUGGCUGUACAGAAAGAACCGGAUCGGUCACCUCGCUGACACUCUCAUCCCUGUGGCUGAUCAUGUAGCUGAAGAGCUCCAGGACCUGCUCCAGUGGCUAAUGGGAGCACCAGCUGGACUGAAAAUGAACCGAGCUUUGGAUCAGGUGUUGGGCCGUUUCUUCCUUUACCACAUCCAUCUUUGGAUUAGCUACAUUCACCUGAUGUCCCCAUUCAUCGAGAUGAUCCUCUGGUAUGUCGGUCUGUCGGCUUGUCUGGGCCUGACUGUGGCUCUCUGCAUCCUCUCUGACAUCAUUGCACUUCUGACCUUCCACAUCUACUGCUUCUAUGUCUAUGGAGCAAGGCUCUACUGCCUGAAGAUUUACGGCCUGUCAUCUCUCUGGCGCUUGUUCCGUGGGAAGAAGUGGAACGUCCUCCGGCAGCGGGUGGAUUCCUGCUCCUAUGACUUGGACCAGUUAUUUAUUGGCACAUUGCUAUUUACAAUCCUGCUGUUCCUCCUGCCUACAACUGCACUGUAUUAUUUGGUGUUUACCCUGCUCCGUUUGCUGGUGGUGAUUGUGCAAGGCCUGAUACACUUGCUAGUUGAUCUGGUUGACUCUCUGCCUCUGUAUUCAAUCAUCCUUCGGCUCUGCAGAUCCUACAGGCUUGCAGCUGGCGUGAAGUUCAGAGUCCUUGAACAGCAGGAUGGAAAACCUCUUCGACUCCUUAUGCAGAUCAACCCUCUGUCGUAUGGCAGCGUGGUGCAGACAUACAGGCUGCCUACGUACAGCUGUUACCCUAAGGAUUCCUGGACAUCCCUCUGCAAGAAGCUGUUCCUUGGAGAGCUAAUCUACCCUUGGAAGCACAAAGGAGAGAAGCAGGACUAAGCAAAGCAGAAGAACCAGGACUGAAAGGCUUGGUCAGAAAAACGUACUGACUCCUAAUGCUUUUGGACCAAAGGUAUCUCAGAGCCAACAGCUGCUGGAUCCCUUUAAUUACUAAUUUUGUUAAUGUGGGAGGGGCUGACUUCUUAAAGGCAAGUGUUUUUAAACAUUGUUCUUCAACUUUCCCCUUCCCCUACACUGUGUUUGAGCUGGUUUGGUUUGCAGGCUGUUUCUUGUCAAUGCAGCGUUAUCCUACCCGAGAUGUCUGCCUGCUGGCACCAGGGGCUAAUGAUUUUUUUUCUCAUGCAAAAGGUGAAACCCAUCAGUGCCUCACGGAACCAGCAUUUAGCGUAAUCAAGGAAGUACCUCUCGAAUGGUUUCAUGCUGUAUACAUCUUUCCAUGUAAGUUCACAGGGUCGUAUGAACCAGCCCUUCAGGUGGUUCAAAGUCACACUGUUGAGGUGCAUUCUACCAAAGGGUAUUCUGGGCCUUUUAUGCUUCAGCAUUCAAGCCAGCUGAUCAAAGUGGACAUGGAGGAUCAGCUUUUAGAGCCACACACUGAAAAUUGUACAGUGGGAUUAUUCAGCUUCAGGGGAUAUUUAUUAUUUUCCUUUUGGUUGGGCUUGGAUUCCCCCCUGCCCAGUGCAGCACCAAAGCAGGUGUGAGCACAGAAACAAUGGGACUGGAGGCCCAGAAACAUAGACUGUGGUUCAUUUGUGCCUACAUGAAACACAGAUGGUCUCAUCGACAUUUUUCAAAAGCAAAUCUGGGGAGAGCUGAGCCCUGAGCUGACACCAGAACUGGAAGUGCAGGGCGCACAGCCUCAAACCCCAGCCUGCCCAGGCUGACACGGCAGCGAGCUGUGGUAGCUGAGAGCUCAGGGCCCUGCCAAGGCUCAGGGCUUCUUUCUCAGUUGCAGUCCAAGGCAAACACAGCUUUGCUGAGCCCAGCUCCGGCUGCGGUGUCUGCCAGAGGACUGCAGCAGCCCAGCUUGGUAUGCAGCUCAAGCAGCGCUGGGAAUUGUGUGCGGAUUCCCUUGCAGGGUCAGUACAUCCCCCUGUUUCUCAGGGCCCAGAUGAGAGCCUCUUCUUUUGCUGCCUCAUCUUCUGCACUUUCUGGUGGCCAAAGAGAUUUUGAAGUGAUUUCAGAUGAGGUAUUUAAAGCCACUUAUUUCCCUGUAGCUGUAGACACAUUUGUCUCAGGAGGAUUUUCCUGCUUUGGAUGCUACCUCUGCAGUGCAGCAGUGACUGGCUUCUCUGCAUCCUGUUCUGACUGUAUGCUUAUUUUGACAUCUGUUCCCCUUCCCAGUGAGUCUUCUCUUCCCUGUCUUGGGGAGAGUGCUUCUGUGCACAAGCUCGUGAUGUCCCGCUGUGUACUUUGCUGUUGUGCAGACAGUUUUAUACAAUCGUUACCCAAAAGUACACAGACUCUGGGUCUGCGAGCUCCUCUUGCCCUGACUGAAACAGGGAUGUAGUGUCACGGCACCCUGCUGCUGCUUUGCACUCCCCAAAGUGCAUUAAGUGGCAUGCUGGAUCCUUUCCUCUUUUCCUUGGCCCCAGAAGGCUCUGUUUGUCCAAGGGCACAGAGGACAGACAAGGAGGAUGUGUGUGUUGUGGCGGUCUGCACCUCCACUCGCAGGUUAAGAAUUUCCUACCCCAGCCCCAUGUCUCGUCUGUGUGCCUGGAGACAGCACAGGAGAGAAGGAUUACAGCCCCAGGAAUGUUGGCUGCUUUACAGCGUCCCUGGCAGGUACAUUUCGUUUGUCUGUAGCUGCUAACAGCCUCUGGCAGUGCAGCCACUGCUUCUGCAGUCAUAGCUUGAUGGAAAGAAAAUGAAGCUCUGUAGGCAAGUGUUUGGUCCAGACAUUCCUUAGCAGGCAAGCACAGAAGCUGCCGAGGUCUUUGCAGCUUUCUUAAGGGCAUGGUGAGGGAAGGCAGCAUUGCAGAGGCACUGCUACCAAAAGGUGCUGAUGGGGUUCCUUCGUCCAGGGGCCAGGUGGCAAAAAGCCCCUCCGCCACUGUUGCCGCCUCUGGCUCUGGAUGGGCCAUCACCAGCUGCAGAAACUGGAGAGAUUCUUGUUGUUCUUUAACGAUCAGUGCUUAAAACUCAUGUAAAAAUACAGCAUCUUCUUUUGGAA